AUGGAGACAGAACAGUUAAAAGCAUCAGAACAGGACCAAAACUACUUCGACAGUCGCACUGCUGCGCAAAAGGACGCAGAGGAACAGCGCAAAACCCAUCUUUUCAAUGUGAAAGAUCACCUUUUACAGUGUGACUUUUCCACCUGGUUCGAAACCUGCCUUUCGAAUCCUGACGAUAUGAAGUGGAGCGAGAAAUCUGCUUUGGAUGUCAAGAGGAGACUUCUUACAUUGUCGCCGCCCGUCCUCACAGACGAAGGCUGGGUGCCAUUGAAGAAGGCCUUGGGUGAAACCGACAAGAAGGAGGACACCGUUUACGCAUCUAUGACGGGUAUCAUUUCGAAAAUCAAGCAUGCGGCGGCUCAGGAACUUAAGCUUGAUUCCGAUUUUGAGGGACAAAUAACAGUCUAUUCCUCCACUCCCACUCGACCAACUACUAACGACGUCCAUGGACCCAACUUGAAGCCUGACGGUCGCUUUGUACUCGCACCACCGCCGCCUCAGCCUCCAACUCAUGUUCUCUACCGCCGAUCAUCGCGGCUAGCGAAAAAGAUGGAGGAGGAGGCGCGUAGUCAGAGGAAUGCCACUGCAAGCAGCAACGUUUCCGACAUAUCCAUGUCUACGUCUGAUUCGGUUGCGCUCUUUGAAUACAAGCUCAAGGAGGCAGAUCAGCGACAGAACUACCGGCAAAUGCUGGGAGGUGCAGCUUUCGUGCUGUACAACGACCCACGUCGCACUCGGGUCUAUGGGGUCACCAUUGAAGAAACUACCACGCGGCUGUGGCACUUUGAUCGCGGAGCGGUCCUCUUCAGCCCUACGUUUGACUGUCAAGAGAAACCUGAAUACCUCAUCAGGAUCUGCUUGUAUCUGUCAUACGCGAGCCCGAUACAGCUUGGCUACGACCCCACCGUGAAGAAGGUCGAGAGCAAAAAUGGGAAAGGGCAUUCACCAGACUUCAUCUACCAAGUCAACAACAAGUACUAUCGAACCAUCGGACAGCCACUGUCUGAAACAAGUGCAUUCUGGACAAUCUCGAGAGGAAUAAGGACUUGGGUCGUCCAGGAGUGCGAUGAGAAUGGCGCGAUCAAGCCAAAUAUAGCCGAGGCCGUUCUAAGGGACCUAUGGCUGUAUGAAGAUGAGCCUGACGAAAAGGCUAUUCAGACUGAGAUUCUCAGUCACUUAUCCAGACGCAACAUUCCAGUCAAGGCGAUGGAACAGCUGUUCGUCCAUAUAUUGGAGGAUGUCACCCUUUCAGGGAAAGAGCAAAGAACACUGGCCAAACCGGUGGAUGCAUUCCAAUUUCCAUUCAACCCUGAUUCAGGUAUCCCGAGAAAGGCCCCACCGACAGAAUCUCGAAAGCGGUCAGGGGGGGUGGAGCAGGAUGUAUUCUCUGAUUAUGAAGAGGUCAUCCAACCACCGACUCCUCUCCAGCAUCAUCCACGCACCCAUCGUCGCACACUGUUCAAGGAGAGGUGUACGCCAUUUUACGGAGUUCCGAAUCGCCGGGUUGCAUUCGAGGUCUGCAAAGGCCUCGUUCGUGGGCUGGAUCUUUUGCGACAAGCAGGAUUUUUACAUCGGAAUAUCAGCGGCUCCAGCUGCGUGUUCUACUACGACAAGGAUGCCCAAGCCUAUCAGGCUAAACUGAUCGAGUUGGAGUAUUGCAAAAGAUAUCAAGAUACACGUUUCCAUGAUCCCAAAUCGGUUCCACGGGAAUUUGCCGCUGUUGAAGUCAUGGAUUCCCAGUGGAACCUCGCGAAGACCGGUCUGGAUGUCCUCCAGUUGGAUGAAUUACUCCCCCCUUUCCACCGACAUUAUUACCACGAUCUGGAGUCGCUCUUCUGGCUAUUAACCUGGUACACAACCACGCAUUUGCCUAUCGACAGGGAUGAAAAUCAGGAAAUCGUGGCUAAUCUUGACCUUGUCAGUUGGAAGACAAAGGUCUUUGAUGUUUUGUUCCCGCGGGAAUCCCAUUUAGAGCGCCGCCGAAACCUAUGGGAAAGACCAAACCAGGUUUACCGUGACUUGAAGGCUGCCGUCGGAUGGCCAAUAGACACGGUCACUAUCCUCCUCAGCCUCAGCAAGAUACCUUCUUACUUUGAUUCGGAAUACACGGCACUUUAUCGGAAUCCUCCACAGGAUAAAGCAGUGCGGUGGCCCGAUGCAAGGUUCAACGAUUCACUAUACAAGAAAUUUAUCAACACUCUGGACGAUGUCGCUGCUCGUCUUGGAACAGUUGGUUCUGUUUCAAUGUGGGGUUUACUGAAUGAGGGGAGGAUGAAGAACAAGAGGCCCGGGAAAGAAAAGGACGAGACUGACAGAAUCCAUAAGAAGCGGGGAUGA